GGUAAGUGUAGGGAUGUUCACGGACGAACGAUGGUCCGCGAGUACUGUCUGAUACUACGGACGUAGCUGUCUUGAAGUCUAAUGGUCUUGAGCAAUCAUCUCCCUUUGCAGCACAUCCGCCGAUACCCGGAAACGAGUACGUUCCAUUUCAAUGGGGUAUUAUAAGAAGUUGCCUACCCUCCAUCAUGCAAGGUAAGUAAAGCACACGGAGCAUUCAACGUCUCCACAACGAACGGGUCCAUCACUAUCAGUACACAUCAUGUCCUCCCUUUCCAACUUCCUCAAAGGCAUCUCCCUCUUCUCCAUUUGCACAGGGACAGCCGAUGUCCUCCUCGGCGCAUCAAGCGUGUACAACUUCUCCGGCCACCCUUUCCCGGUGAAUUCGCCUGCUGCGGUGUUCAUUGAUAGUCAACUUCGUUUUCUCGGCGGUAUGUGGGCGGGCUGGGGCGUCAUGAUGUGGUGGGCGAGCAACGACCUCCGAUCACGACGUACACCGCUGGCUCUGUUGGGCGGGAUCAUGGCAUUUUCUGGCACAGGACGAGUGAUCUCGGGUCUGAAACAUGGUUUCGGUUCCAAGGUGGUGGCCGCGGCAGCAGCGGUUGAGCUGUUAGUACCGGCCGCUAUUUGGUUAUUUAGUGACUGGCAGUAA